CGGUGCUGCCUCCACGAACCCAACCUCCCUCCUCGCUCGCUCGAUCCAAAGAAAGAUCUGUGAUUCAAUAAAUGGGGAUACUAUAUGCGAUGGUGGCGAGGGGGGAGGUGGUUCUGUCGGAGUUCAGCGCCACUCCCACGAAUGCAAAUGCCGUAGCCAAGCAGAUACUCAACAAGAUCAACAAUCAACAAGGCGCCACCAUCACUUGCGACAGCAACGUCUCUUUCUCCCACGAUCGCUAUGUCUUUCACGUCAAAAGGACCGACGGCCUCACUGUUCUUUGCAUGGCCGACGAUGCUUUCGGAAGGAGGAUCCCGUUUGAAUUUCUUGAAGACAUUCAUCAGAGAUUCGUGAAGACAUACGCGAGAGCGAUUCUGUCAGCUCCGGCGUAUGCCAUGAACGAUGAAUUCUCGAGGGUGUUGAGCCAACAGAUGGAUUAUUACUCCACUGACCCUAACGCUGACAGGUUGAACCGUCUCAAAGGUGAAAUGUCUCAGGUUCGAACGGUAAUGAUUAACAACAUUGAGAAAGUGUUGGAGAGAGGUGGGAGAUUGGAAGUGUUGGUUGAGAAGACAUCAGCAAUGAACAACAAUACUGUUCGUUUCAGAAGACAAUCCCGCCGUUACCAGAAUAAUCUCUGGUGGAGUAAUCUUAGGCUCAGGGUUACAUUUAUUAUGAUUUUCUUCAUCGUCAUUUACAUUGUACUGGCGUUUUUCUGCCACGGUCCAUUGUUGAUGUCAUGCUGGAGAUAAGAUCUCAACUCUCAAGCCUAGCUUAUUACUCUUCAUUCUUAUAUAUAGUUGCCUACCUCAUUGUACUGCUGUCUAAUGUGUAUUGGGGUCUGGGGAUGCAGUCAUUUCCAGCCAACAUGUUACCAUUAUUAUAUACAUAUAGGUUUGGGCAUCUUUUUGAACCACCUUUCGAGUAUUGCGGGUCGCUUUGUAUGUUAACGUCACUGACACAAGGCUCUGGAGGAACAUUUUUGUAUGUAAUUCAUAC